UUCUGUCAGCACCACAUGCUGUUCUCCCACCUUAUCUCCACCGUUCAACCUCCACAGGGUCACGUGGCUGUCGGCGACACUUUACAAAACAUGAGUGUGAAAUCUCAGCCUCAAAAACACAGCCUGAAAACAUUGGCGGCUGCCGUCCUUGGGGUGACGGCGUUGGCGGUGUUGGGGGUGUUCGUGUACUACCAGAACAGGCAACUGUCUCUCCUGGAAGCCCGGAUUACCAGCGUGGAAGGGAGAACAGAGCGUGAGAAGUCCAGACUGAGGAGGAAUCUGGAUGACCUCGACGCUGACGUUGAGAGGCUGGUGAAGCGACACAUUGACCAGCACCUGGAUACUCGGCAGGUGCCUAGUCAGGAUGCAGUCGAGGUACUGGUCAAGCAGCUAUUGGCGUCGGAGACGCAACUGUUACAGUCCUACUGCGACAACUCCACUAUCGUGUGUCAUCCCGGCGUCAAGGGCGAGAGAGGUGAUUCAGGGGACAAGGGUGCGGUGGGCCAGGUCGGUCUUCAAGGGCUGCAGGGGCUGAAGGGAAACCCAGGCGCCCCCGGGUACAACGGACCUCCUGGACCCAAGGGGGAGAUUGGCAAUCCAGGUGCCACAGGUGCAAAGGGCGAGCCGGGCACCGCCGGUCAAACUGGCCUCGCUGGACCUAAGGGAGACAAGGGUGACAGAGGUGACAUAGGCCCCCUAGGGCCGUCUGGGCCUCCAGGUCCCAAGGGGGAUAUCGGAGGUUAUGGGAGUGGCAACGCCCCUCUCCCACAGGACUGCUGCCUCCGCCUUUCUGCACCUAAAGAGAUUGGAUCCCAUUCAGUGACUAUCCACGCAACAGUGGGCGACAAUGUACUUCUCGGUUGUAAAGAAUCGGGCUAUCCACCCCCAACAAUACAAUGGAUCCCCUCCCUAUCACUGCUGGGAACCACACGUUAUGUACAGUCAAAGGACGGGCUCACCCUGAUGGGGGCGCAGCUCUCAGACAACGGAAAGCUCUUCACCUGCAAAGUGACCAACAUGUUUGGUAGUUCUGACACACUUUACAUGCUGGAUAUUUCAGAGCCUAUCAACGUGUCUGUUACGCCUACGGCCUUGAACUUCACUGAAGGCAGCCCAGGGGACAUAACUCUGACUUGUUCGUUCAGUGGCUACCCACUACCAACAGUGCAGUGGAUACACGAGAAGAAAAAUGGUCAAACGGUGCUGGUCAACGCAAACAUUGACAACAGCAAACAGGGCGUCAGCAUCCUCACAGUUCCCUCUCCCACGACCUCUGAUGGCGGGAACUACGUCUGUAGGGCGACCACGUCCAAGGGGGUGAGGACAGAGGCUUCUGCUAGUCUUACAAUUUUCGUAUGUGACACUCCUGUCCAUGUCGACCUCCACCUGUUGGGGGCGUGGUUGUCAGCAGUAUUCCUGUCCAUGUCGACUGUUGGGGGCGUGGUUGUUGUGUCUGUAAUGUGUCCCUCGAAUCGAGAACGCCCCGAGGACAAAACCAUUACCACUGGCACCACCGUGACACUGCACUGUGAUGUCGACAGCGACCCCCCUGCCACCGUCACGUGGAUUUACCCUCACAAUGACCCCCACCCCAGGUUCAACGUCGUACGCAACCCCGACAGCUCCAUCACCAUCACCAGUGCUGACAACGAGAACGAAGGCGUGUACACCUGCAUAGCUCGCAACGACUACGGCGUCGCCCAAACCAAAGCGAGGCUGCAGAUCGUUAGCAAUGUCACAGUGACGCUGACCCCUAAGAGUACCUCGCUGACGACCACGCCCGUUGUAGCCCUUGACUGCAAGAGCACAGGAGACCCUGCCCCAAGUACCACGUGGUCCAAACUGGACGCGUCGAUCGACAAGACUGACCCACGUUACAUCAACGUUGGAGGGAACUUGGUGAUAACGGGGGUGACCCCGGCUACACAGGAUAAGGACGCCGGCGUGUACAUAUGCAUGGGGAAGAACAACAUUUCCACAACAUCCGAGAAGGCAAUAGUGUACAAAGAGGUUCCGGCCGUGGACUGUACGUCUACUUUCCAGAUAUGUACGGGGCCUAUCGGCGUUGCUUGUGGUGCCACGUGUCCGGCCGGCUGUGCGUCUAAACCUGGAACUCUGUUUGGAUUUAGAGAUUAUACAGCAAACUCCCAACUGUGUUUGGCUGCUAUCCAAUCAGGAGCUGUGACCGACGCCGGCGGGCUGGUCACGUGGUCUAUGAGGGACGGGUCGUACCUGAGUUUCCAGGGAGUAACACAGAACGGCAUCACAAGCACCGCAACUGGUCCGAUUCAUGCGGCAGCGUCAGUAUUUAUUUGAAAUAAAUGUCAUUCGUGAACUCCAUUAAAACAAUUUGUCGAUAA